AUGCAAGCCACGUGGUUGCUGGCUUACUUGACCUUGGGCUUUGCUGCCGCAGAGACCGGCUUAGAUGGUUGGCUGCGAUAUGCUCCGUUACCUUGCUCUACUCAAUGUCAUUCCCAGCUACCCGUCAACAUUCUUGUCCUCAACUCGACCGAGGCAAGUCCUGUGUAUGUUGCCGGAUCCGAAAUUCAGGUCGCAUUAAGUAGCAUUUACGAUGUGAACGCCUCGAUCGCUCUCAACCAGUGCAACUCAUCUUCAUCCGUCGUCGUUGGCACAGUUGACCAAUACCGCCAAACCUGCGGUUCAACAGUUGGCAUCCCUGAAUUGGGUGAAGAUGGAUUCUGGCUGAGCACUCGGGGUAGCAAGAUCCAAAUCCUCGGUCAAAAUGAACGAGGAGCUCUCUAUGGGGCAUUUGAGUACCUGUCAAUGCUUGCAAGGGGGAAUUUCUCUCAAGUGGCCUACUCCACAAGCCCUUCCGCUCCUCUUCGCUGGGUGAAUCAAUGGGACAACAUGGAUGGAAGUAUUGAGCGAGGCUAUGGAGGCGAAUCGAUAUUUUUCAAAAAUGGGGCUAUCGUCGACGACUUGACUCGAGUCCGCCAGUAUGCUCGUCUCUUAGCAUCAGUCCGGAUCAACGCAGUCGUGGUCAACAAUGUGAAUGCCAAUGCCACCCUUCUCACUCCCCAGAACAUUGAUGGACUAGGAAGAAUAGCCGACGUUUUCCGACCGUACGGUGUCAAAGUCGGUAUCUCGCUGAACUUCGCGACUCCCGAGACUUUGGGUGGCCUUGACACUUAUGAUCCCCUCAAUGCAACUGUAGUCAGAUGGUGGUCCAACAUGACGGACCAGAUCUACCAAAGAGUACCCGACAUGGCGGGAUACCUCGUGAAAGCAGACUCCGAGGGUGAGCCGGGCCCACAGGUAUAUAACCGAACCUUGGCAGAAGGUGCCAAUCUAUUUGCCAGGGCUAUCAAGCCUCAUGGGGGUAUUGUCAUGUUCCGUGCCUUUGUCUACAAUCAACUUAACGAGUCCAACUGGGAGGCAGAUCGUGCCAAAGCAGCAGUCAACUUUUUCAAGCCCCUCGAUGGCAAGUUCGAUGAUAAUGUGGUUGUCCAGAUCAAGUAUGGACCUAUUGAUUUCCAAGUCCGUGAGCCGACAUCACCUUUAUUCGCCAAUCUUUUCAAGACAAAUAUUGCCAUCGAAUUGGAAGUCACUCAAGAAUACCUUGGACAACAAUCUCAUCUUGUUUACCUUCCUCCUCUCUGGAAGACUGUCUUGGACUUUGAUCUUCGCGUCGACCAUAAGCCAUCUUUAGUCCGUGACAUUGUGACAGGUAAACGCUUCAAUCGUACCCUUGGUGGAUCGGCAGCCGUUGUCAAUGUUGGUACCAACAACACAUGGCUAGGAAGCCAUCUGUCAAUGUCGAAUCUCUAUGCCUACGGCCGUUUAGCAUGGGAUCCUACUGCAGAUGCCCAGGAUAUCCUGCAGGAUUGCAUUCAGUUGACAUUUGGUCUGGAUCGUGCUGUCCUCGAUACCAUUACUAAUAUGUCCAUGCAAUCUUGGCCUGCCUACGAAAGUUACAGUGGCAAUCUGGGCAUACAGACUCUGACUGACAUCUUGUAUACCCACUAUGGACCCAACCCUGCCUCUCAGGACAAUAACGGCUGGGGCCAAUGGACUCGUGCUGGCCGUAAAAGUAUUGGUAUGGACCGCACCAUACACAAUGGAACAGGAUACACUGGACAAUAUCCAGAGGAGAUCGCAUCUAAAUACGAGAACAUCCAGAGCACACCUGACGACCUUCUUCUAUGGUUUCACCAUGUCAACUACACCCACCGAUUGCAUUCUGGGAAGACAGUGAUUCAACACUUCUACGACGCCCACUACAGUGGUGCAGAGUUAGCCCAAGGCUUCCUUGACCAGUGGGAGUCCUUGCGGGGGAAAAUCGAUGACGAGAGAUACGCCCAUGUUCGACACCGUCUUGACUACCAGACAGGGCAUUCUAUCGUUUGGAGAGAUGCGAUCAACAACUUCUACAACAAUCUCUCCGGAAUAGCAGACACUGCUGGACGUGUCGGCCAUCACCCGUGGCGAAUUGAGGCCGAGGACAUGAAGUUGAAUGGCUACGAUACCUACACCGUUAGCCCAUUCGAAACAGCCUCUGGCUCUGUGGCUAUUAUCACGUUAUCCAAUGAUACAGUGGGUACAGCAACGACCACACUCGACUUUCCCUCGGGCACGUAUGAUCUUGCUAUAAAUUACUACGACCUGUACGGUGGGCAAUCGAAUUGGCAGGUUUAUCUCAAUGAUAGACAGGUUGGGCAGUGGAUGGGCAUUCUGCUACCCGAAUCAAGUUCAGGGGGAGUCAAGAUCAGCAAAGGAGAUACGUUGAAGAUCGUUGGCACGCCUGAUGGGGACGAACCAGCGCCGGUGGACUAUAUCUCGGUGCUUCCGGAGGGAGUUGUGGAUUGA